UCCAACAAAACCAAAAACAAAUCCACGAAAUCCAGAGGGCAUUCCCGUCUUUUCAACCCAAAAUACGGCAGGCUUCCCGUUUGUCGGUGGUUUUUUUCACCACCUUCAUUAUCCACCACAUUCAAAGACGAACAACACAUCCAUCCCUCUGCUUCCAAUCAAACAGAGGCCAAUCCCAAUUCGCAUUGUCCCGUAUCCCACACUUUUCUUCCACAUUUACCCCUCUCUGUUUCAAAAUUCCGAUUAAUUCCUGCUGAAUUUGGAAAAUGGGGGAGGGUUCGAGGAAGAAAGGGUUCUGUGGGUGGUUCCUUGUGUUGUUAGUUGCAGCUGUAAUCGCCAUUGCCGUUGUGAUUACAGUGAGAAAGAGGAGCCAGAAUUCUGAGCCCGAGUUGGGCCCUGUUCCUGGGCCUCCUGGCCAAGUUCAGAAGAAAUAUGGCGAUGCUCUGAAAAUUGCAAUGCAGUUCUUUGACGUGCAGAAAUCUGGUAAGUUGGUAGAUAACAAGAUAUCAUGGAGAGGCGAUUCGGCUCUUAAAGAUGGUAGUGAAGCAAAGUUGGAUCUUUCGAAAGGAAUGUAUGAUGCUGGGGAUCAUAUAAAGUUUGGAUUUCCAUUGGCUUUCACAGCCACAGUGUUGUCAUGGGCAAUUCUUGAGUACGGGGAUCAGAUGCAAACUGUUGAUCAGUUGGAACCUGCUCAAGACUCUCUUAAGUGGAUCACUGACUACCUUAUUGAAGCUCAUCCUUCAGAGAAUGUGCUCUAUAUUCAGGUUGGUGACCCUGAAACAGACCACGGAUGUUGGGAAAGACCUGAGGCCAUGACAGAGAAAAGGCCUCUCAUACAAGUAAACACUUCUUCUCCUGGAACCGAAGUUGCUGCUGAAACUGCAGCAGCAAUGGCAUCGGCAUCCCUGGUUUUCAAGUCCUCCGACUCCACCUAUUCAAGCACCCUUCUCAAGCAUGCAAAACAACUGUUUACUUUUGCCGACAAACACAGGGGUUCUUACAGUGAGAGCAUUCCUGAGGUCCAGACGUAUUACAAUUCAACAGGUUAUGAAGAUGAGCUAUUGUGGGCGGCUAGCUGGCUUUAUCAUGCUACCGGGGAUAAAUCGUAUUUUGAGUAUGUGACUGGGGAAAAUGGUAAUGAUUUUGCUAAGUUUGGAAGUCCAACUUGGUUUAGUUGGGAUAACAAACUAGCUGGAACUCAGGUAUUGUUGUCCAGAGUAAGUUUUUUCGGUGAGAAAGACACCUCUAACUCAGAUAGCCUCAACAAGUACAGAAAAACUGCUGAGGCUGUCAUGUGUGGGCUCUUGCCAAAAUCUCCAUCAGCCACAAAAAGCAGAACAGAUAAUGGCCUGAUAUGGGUCAGCGAAUGGAACGCGUUACAGCAUCCGGUGGCUUCCUCAUUCUUAGCUGUACUUUACAGUGAUUAUAUGCUCACGUCUCGUACUGCAAAACUAUCUUGCGGUGGAGAAUCCUAUGGGCCAUCAGAUAUUCGAAAAUUUGCCAUUUCGCAGGUUGAUUAUAUCUUGGGCGAUAAUCCGAUGAAGAUGAGUUAUCUUGUGGGAUACGGGGAUAAAUACCCAGAAUACGUACACCAUAGGGGAGCCUCAAUUCCAGAAGAUGCAACCACAGGUUGUAAAACCGGUUGGAAGUGGCUCAACUCAACUGACCAGAACCCAAACGUUGCGGUUGGAGCAGUUGUGGGUGGCCCUUUCCUAAACGAGACAUAUGUUGAUUCACGGAACAAUUCAAUGCAGGGGGAACCAACCACGUAUAACAGUGCGGUUAUGGUUGGCCUUCUUUCUGGUUUGAUCACCACCUCCUCAGUGGUUCAAUCUUUCACCUAAGGUGGCCUUAAAAAACAACACGGUUGAUUGUAUCGUAUAUGCAGUUGUACGCACUAUCUCUUCUUGUUGUGAGGUUGCAUUAGAAUGGUUUGAUUGACACAGUGAAAUUGGUAAUUUGUAUCUCCAUUUAUUGUAGAGUGUGUUCGUUAAUGAAAUCUAUGUGUCAUUUCUUUUGUGUAGCAGCGAAUCCA